GACUCGCAACGCAAACCCCUUCAAAAAUUAGGGUUUGGAGAGUUGCGCAGGAGCCACCCGCAUUGCUCACUUACUGAUAUCUAAUAUCUGCAACUGAACAAAACAAAACAAAACAACAUGGCUACUCAAAUAAGCAAGAAGCGUAAGUUUGUGGCCGAUGGAGUGUUUUUCGCCGAGUUGAACGAGGUAUUGACUAGAGAGCUGGCAGAGGACGGCUACUCUGGCGUGGAAGUCAGGGUAACUCCCAUGCGCACAGAGAUCAUCAUCCGAGCCACUCGCACCCAGAACGUUCUCGGGGAGAAAGGAAGGAGGAUUAGAGAGCUUACCUCAGUGGUGCAGAAGCGUUUUAAGUUUCCGUGUUAGGAUUAGAAAAUGCUUAGACAAAAGUAUGUAGGUGGUAACCCUAAGGGUGGUUUGGAUGGUGUUAGCUUGGAAUCCCCAAAAAGAAGGUCUUUGAUGCAAGAUUUAAUGAACCCAUAUUAAGAUUAAAUCUCGACUUAUUUAGUACACCUUCGUAUGUUCCACCGUAAACCAUUCACCAUCGAAUCACAAUAUUACUUCCUCCAAUGA